UAUUAACCUGUAAAGGCCACGGAAAGCAGAAGCUAAAAUCUUGGGGGUGGGGGGUUGGAAACGGCAUUUUCUCCAUUCAGCUGUUGUUGAAUGGAUGAUACAAGGGAACAGUCUGUAAGUGAAACAAUUACCCAAGCAUUUUUUCUCACAAGCAGGGCCAAAACAGAGUCAUUACUUGCAUGGCAUAAUUGACAGUGAACUCAGGCAAUCUUAUUAAUUGAUUACCCAGACCUUUUGGUAAUGGAAAAUGCAAAGUCUCAUUGUAUCAGCAGCCUCUCUGUCCCCCCUUACUUUCUAGCACAGGAGGGAGCAGAUGGAGACCCACUAAUGAUUCUAGACUUCGCUCCCCAUUCCCCCUCCAUCGUCAUCGAAGAACCUCUCAAGGAAUUUUAAUUUUAUGCCAUCAAAUAACCUUUAUAGUGUAGUAACAUGCAGCACAGUGCAUAUCAAAAACAGCUCAGGCCCAGGGGAGAUAUAUAGCUUAAUUAAGAUAACAAGUUUAUUUCUUAAAGCAGGCAAAGAUGAGGAUGCGGGAGUGUGCCCCCGCGCCUCUCUCAUGCAGGAGUCAGCCUCCAGCUCCUCCUCUGAUACAUCGUUUGCAUCAGUACUUGGGAACCCUUGUCCGCGCGUUGCUGCACCUCCCCACAGUGCGUUCGCAGACUCCUCUUUACCAGGUGAUGACAGGCGGGGGAGAGAAAGAGAGAGAAAAAAAUAAUAGCUCCUGAUUAAAACAAAAUUAUUCUCAAAACUCUGAAGUCGGAAUCGAUGCAUGAUGGAGACGCGUCUCGGUUGCUGCUUUUUUAUCCUUUUUUUCUCUGAGUGGAUUUGUCUAUUAUCAUUAACUUCCAUCCUGGGCGGAACAAAGGCGGAGGUAAGGUGCAUUCGCCAGUGCCAGCAGCCGCUUGUCGUAGAGGUACCCCGGGAAAGAGCGGCCCCGGACCAGGCGGGUUCCGACGCAGCUCCCCGUGAAGAAUUCGUCGGAUUUGUUGAGGAGUCGUUCAGCGCCAGUGGAGAGGAAAAAGACGGCGCUGCGGAAUUGGUCGCGAGUGAAAAAAGUUCAUUCAAACUACAGCCGCGGCCGGGGGAGAAUGAGACAAGUGGUCUGCAGGGAGACGGGGGCCAUCAGAAACUUUCCCACCCACCUCCGAGCGCCUCCGGUCCCUCUUCUAUUAACUCGAGUGAAGAGAGAGAUAACGGCUUCAACUCGACCGGGGACGCAGAUGCGGUCGCUUGGAGAGUGCGAAGGAGCGCAGAGACCUGGUCCGGAUUCCGGGGCGAGGGUGUGGAGGAUGCUUCGGUUUCGGACCAGGAGGAGUUCGAGCUCACAAGUUCAACAUUUGCCCUCGCCGGGGACACAGCUCACAACCAGGCGAUGGUGCACUGGUCCGGACAAAACAGCAGCGUGAUACUCAUGUUGACCAAAUACUACGACUUCAACUCUGGCAGAGUAACAGAGAGUUCUUUGUGGAGGUCAACCGAUUAUGGGACCACGUAUGAAAAACUUAAUGAGAAAGUGGGGACCAAGAGCAUACUGAGCUACCUGUAUGUGAGUCCAAACAACAAAAGGAAGAUCAUGUUGCUAACUGACCCAGAGGUGGAGAGCAGCCUGCUCAUUAGCCUUGACGAGGGGGCGUCCUAUCAGAAACACAGCUUAGGCUUUGAUAUUCUCAGCUUGCUUUUCCACCCGGAGCAAGAAGACUGGAUCCUGGCUUACAGCCAUGACCAAAAGCUCUAUGUCUCCGUUGAGUUUGGGAAGAGAUGGCAGCUUGUGCACGACAACGUCGUUCCCAACAGAUUCUACUGGUCUAGACUGGGUUUGGACAAAGACCAAGGGAUGAUUCACCUCGAGAUCACCAUCUCAGAUGGACGGUCACAGUACAUAACUUGCAAACUUCAGAACUGCUCAGAUGGAAACAAGGGCAAACCUUUCCCUGGAUUUAUAAUCCCAAACUCCCUGGUCGUGCAGGAUGAAUACGUUUUCAUCCAGGUGUCAGUCAGUGGCCAGGCUGUCCAUUAUGUGUCAUAUAAAAGACAUGCCUUUUACCCAAUGAAGCUUCCCAAAUACACCCUCCCUAAGGACCUGCAGAUAAUCAGCACAGAUGAAAACCAGGUGGUGGCAGCGAUUCAGGACUGGCAUCAGAAUGAGUCGUACAACCUCUACAUGUCUGACUACAGAGGACUGUUCUUCACUCUGAUGCUGGAGGAUGUUGUUAGCACCGGUGGUCCAGAGGACAAUGUUAUGAUAGACCUCUAUGAGGUUGCCGGGAUUAAAGGAGUGUUCCUGUCAAAUAAAGUUGUUGAGAACCAAGUGAAAACUUAUAUUACGUACAACAAGGGCAGAGACUGGCAUCUUCUUCAGGCUCCAGCAACCGAUCUCCAGGGAAACAAGGUCUAUUGUGAGGAACCAUACUGCUCUUUGCAUCUUCACCUUCAUGUCUCUGAGAACCCUUACGCCUCAGGAAACAUUGUCAGCAAAGACACGGCUCCAGGGGUUAUAAUAGCAUCAGGUGUGGUUGGUCCAGAAUUAAGCAGUGUGAAUGUCAGUAUCUUCAUCACAUCUGAUGCUGGAAAUACCUGGAGAGAGGUUUUUCAGGAAGAGUACAGCGUGUUUUUCCUGAAUCAAGGAGGAUCUCUAGUGGCCAUCCGACAUACACCUCUGCCAAUUAGACACAUUUGGCUGAGUUUUGAUGAGGGCAGAAACUGGGACAAAUAUAGCUUCACCUCCUCUCCACUCUAUGUCGAUGGGGUGCUGGGGGAGCCUGGAGAGGACAUCCUCAUAAUGACGAUAUUUGGUCAUUUCAGCCAUCGAUCUGAAUGGCAACUUCUCAAGAUUGACUUCCGGCCUAUAUUUGAAAAACGGUGCACAUCUGAGGACUACGUGACAUGGCAAUUACACAAUGAGGGGGAAGUGUGCAUCAUGGGAAUGAAGAGAAUCUUCCAAAAACUGAGAGCAAACGUUCGAUGUGUCAAGGCCAGAGAUCAGUAUAUUUCUCAGAUGUCAGACUCCUGCACGUGCACAGAGGCAGAUUUUGAGUGUGACUAUGGGUUUGAGAGGCAAGUCGAUGGGAGCUGCAUUUCAGCUUUUUGGUUCGUUCCUUCAGCAUCAACUCGAGACUGCAUUACGGGGGACAGCUUCUUCAACACAACAGGAUAUCGCAAGGCUUUGUCGAACAACUGCACCGAGGGAAGUCUAUUGAAGUACAGCCCCAGGCAGCAAAAGUGUCCCAGCCAGGCUCCCAGGGGCCUCCAGCUCUUCACCAGCGAGGGAACAUUUGUAGCAACGCUGGGAAGGAAUGUUACCUUCUUGGUCUUUCUGGAAGAGGGUCUUAGCUUGAUGACAAGUAUGACAGUGGACUUUGGUGAUGGAACUGCCAUAUCUUACGUUAAUAUCAGCUCCAUCGAUGAUGGGGUCAAGCACAUCUACAAUAAAGUUGGAAUCUAUCAAGUUUCAGCCACAGCAAGUAACCAUCUCGGCAUUGACAAGGUCUUCCUCUACCUCCACGUGUCCUGUCACCUCGAGCAGGUGCAACUUUCAGCUCCUUUGGUGGUCAUUAAGGACAAAGCAGUGAAUUUCACAACAACACUUCGCCCAAGUAGUGUGGGAACAGUCACAUAUUUCUGGUGGUUUGAUAAUAAGUCAGAGCCAGUUGUGACCCUUGAUGGAGCAAUCACCUUCACUUUCUCCAGAGAGGGAAGUCACAUUGUUACUGUUCAGGCUUUGGCCGGUAAUAUUGUCCACCAGGACCAAAUCAGAGUGGCAGUUUAUGAUUAUUUCAGGUCACAUCCUUUGGUUUUUUCCUCUAAUCUGGAUGAGAUGAACCCAGGGGUAUCAGAGUGGAGAGAAGACAUUGGCAGAGUUGUGAAGACCUGCAUAGUUCAGGUCACAGGGAUUAAUGAGGACCAACUCCUGGUCAAGCUGUUUCCAGGUUUACCAACUACAGCCGAGGUCUUCAUUGUACCAGAAAGGAGGUCAAGAGACAGAGGCAUGAAUGAAGAGUGGGCACACCUGGAUCAGCUUUCUCAGGUACUGCUGAGUGCUCUAAACCAGGAUCUCAUCGAGUUUACAAUCAAACCCGGGCUGCAGGUGAAUGUGUAUGCCACACGGCUGUCUCCAGCUCCUCUUGUGGACGGCAGUGACAGUGGGCACAGUGGCACUGCAGUCAUCAUGCUGGUGUCAGUGGUGCUGAUGGGAUUGGCUGUCUUUGUGAUAUAUAAAUUUAAAAGAAAGAUCCCAGGCAUGAACACGUACGCCACAGAGAAGCCUGACAAAGAACAAGAGGUCAUCCCUGCGGUGACCUCCAUAGCUGUCCCAAACCCUGAGGGGGAUGAGCUGACCUCACUGGACCAUGUGGAUAUACAACUGGACUCAAAAAGCAGAGGCUACCUGCCAUCUCACACAGACAUCAAGCUCUCUGAUGAAGCGCCCCAUGUGUUUUAAUGUUGGAAGUCUAUGACCGACUCGAAAGCAAUACAUCUUCUUUGGCAGUUACUUCCAGCAAGCUAGGAAGCCGCGGUCACAAUGAAUGGUCUCGAGUCUUUUGCUACCCAUGCAUGGAUGGACCAGUUCACACUGUGCUGCCUAAAUCCCUCCGAGGAGACUGUACAGAUUUAUACUUGCCUCUUGAAAAGGAACGGUUUUUGACUGAAAUACUUGUAUUUUUGCAAGGACGUUGAUCUUUUUAUGUAAAUACUGUACAUCCAUAAUGGAAGAAGCGAAAGUUAUUUGUCUCAGCUGGUUAUAGCUGCAACUGCUCAAAUAUGAAAACAUCAAACUGUGGUAUGACAGCACAGUGUAAUAUAUAUAUUUAGAAAAUUUGUCUUUUUUUUCCUGAUUACUGGACUUGUGUUUGUGAAGUUUACUUUUUUUUUUUUUUGCACAGACUUAUCAGAGUAAGACAGUGAGGGAACCAGAUUCAUUAAGCUCUCUGUAAUCAGUAAAUCUUAUCACCAGAUUCUCAUCCAAUGAAAACUCGCAAUAUCCAGGAGAUGAUGGAGGGCUCCCAGGCACGGAUCUGUGUAUUCCAUCAAGCCUGUCUCUCUGCAGCUCACAGUGUUAUAUAUGUCACAGCGGAGAGAAAAACAAAAAAGAAAAAAACACAACAGAAGAUUAUAGCAGAUAGGUACACACAGAAGAUGAGAUUCUCUGAAAUCCCUGUUGUUUAGGAGACACAAAUAAGUCAUUUUAGAAACAAUGAAACAUCUUCGAUCUGAAACAAACUGAACUAAAAUAUUCAAACGAUUUUACCCCUAAAAGAAAUGCUUCAUUCAAUUCUCACAUGGUGACACCUAUGAGACCACGUGGCCCUCGUGUAAAUUUCCUCUUUGUUGGUUUAUGUAUUUCUUGUACUUUCUGGCUUGUGCUGAGAGCAAUAUGUAAAUUUAUUGAAUCGUUCCAAGUGUGGAAUAAUUACAUGAACUAAGAAGAAGCAGCAAGAAAAGAACAAAAAAAGUUCCCCGUGUGUGUUUAAUUAGUAAUAAGAUCAAGGUUUAUUUGCUUUAAAAGAUUUGUUGGCACACUUACAAACUUUUUCUUUGAACUGAGAUUACUGUGAAGGUUGGUGGUGUCUUUUCAACAUUUGCACUACAUUUUUUUUUCUUCUGUUUAUUUUUGUUUUGCUUAAAGCCCUUCUUAUUUAUUCUGGACUGAUUCUACACCAUCUCCCAAGAUUCCAGAAAUGCAAAGGGGCCCGCAAUGUGUUCUAGGUUUGCCCCCAAGGACUCGGCGGACAAAAGGCUGCAGAUUUGUUCAUCUCCUGCGCUACGAGGGACACUGAGAUAGAGAAGACGUAUCUCCUGUCAACGCGGCUCAGCCCACGCACACGGCUUCGGUCAGCCGCUGUCUCUUUGGGAUAUGUACCGAGGUCCUUCUUCAUCAAACUUUCUUUUUAAGUGUUGUCAGCAUCAUAUGUCAGUAAGACAAAUUGACUGGAGGCUUCUCCAUACUUCUUCCUAGCAAUUCCCUGAUUGAGCCAGAAGCAUAAAUAAACUCAAGCCCAGAAGAACUCUUUGUGCAGCUGUUCAAAGAUCUUUCUUUUUUUUUUGAAAAUUAUUAAGUGAAAUUAAUCAUCUUUCAGUCCCGGUUAUUAAGCUGUGAAUACAAUCAUGAACAGAUUUGCAUGAUGUUUUUGUUUCCUUUUGAUCUGCUUAAAAUAUGUCUUACCUUGGAGAAAAUGUAUCUCAGUAUUUUCUUUUUUUUUUCUUUUUUCCAGAGGCUAGACAACUCAUACAUUACAAGUGAAGUGAUUAUUCAGUGGGUUGUUAGUGUUUUUUGUUUGAUCUUGCAGAGGUAACCAUGGUUGCAGAAUAAAGAAGAGACACAACAGCACUGCAGUGUGGCUGGUUGCUGAAUUAAACAGAAACACUGUUUAUGUUAGUGUUUAAAGUUAUAAAUGUCCACUGCUGUUAGUCACUGUUUAUAUGUCGGGGUCUAUAGUGUAUAUUUAUUUUUUUUUAUUUUGUCAUGUUACAACAACAAAUUUCAAUGUAUGUAAUGGGAAUUUUAUGAAAUAGGCCAACACAAAGUAGUCCAUAAUUUUGAAGAGGAAGAAAAACAACAUUUCUUACAAAUAGGAAAAACUGAAAAGCUUGGCGUGCAUUAUAUUGAGCCUCAUUUCCUCUGAUACCCCUAAAGCAAAUCCAGAACAACUAGUUGUUUUUAGAAGUCACCAAAUACAGACAAUAGAUUCCAUCUCUGUGUGAAUUACAAAGCUGUUCUAUGUAGAUGUUUAAGGGAUGGUUCAGUUAGAAAACAAUAUCCUGACUUCUGAACACCUCAUGGAGGACUGACCAGUCAUCCAAAAACUGAUGAAGUAUGGCACAACUGCAAUCUGACCAAAAACACGACUGUCCACCUAAACUAAAAGACCAGGUGAUGAGAGGAUUAAGCAGCCAGUCAGGCUUUUUCAGUACGGUGCUGCUGCACCGUACUGCUUUUGGAGGAUUUCUCUUAGUUCUUUUCAGUCGCUCAACCAUCAGUGCAGCUUUAAGAUCAGAGACCAUCUUCCUUAAAUGAGGGCUUGUUCAGGACGUAGAGAGGCACUCCAUGGCAUGAACAACAUGACCAUGGAUUGAACCAUACUGGCUAACAAAGAUGUAUUUAAACAUUUGCAUGCAAGCUGUCUGACUAAACUCCAUCUAUGGUGAAAUUCUAACCCAGCGUGGUAGCAGCAUCAUGCUGUGUGAAUGCUUUUUCCUUAGCAGAGAGAAUCCAGUCUGAGUUAAUGGGAAGAUGAAUGAGCUAAUUAACACAGGGAAAUCCUGCAAGGAAAUCCAGUAGAUGAACGUAGAGAGACUAUCUGGAGGUUUAUCUUCUGGUAGGAUGGCAAAUCUGUACAAACAACCAAAGCUACAAUAGAAUGCUUUAGAUCAAAGCAUAUCUAUAUGUUACAAUGGCUGGGUUAAAAGCCAGACCUAAAUCAAACAGGAAACUGUGGCAAGACUUAAAAAAAUAUGUUCACAAAUACUCAGUGUAGUUUGAUGAGUUUGCUCUGUAACAACACAUAUUUCCAACAAAUGUAGAUAUGCAAUGCUGGUAUUAGACAUACACCCAAAAUUUUGUAGCUCUCAUUAAAGUCUUUCUACAAAUCAUAACUAAGGAAAGCUGAAUAUAAGUGCUGGUACAUUUUUCAGGCUUUUAUUUGUUAAAAAAUAGAAAACUAUGCUCAUCGUCUUCCCUCUGCUUCUGAAUUCUACACUAGUUUGUGGUGGUCUAACGCAUAAAAUUCUCAUGAAAUGCGUUGAUGUUUGUGGCUGUAAAAUGAGGAAAAGUUCAACAGGUGUGAAUCUUUUUGCCAGGAUCUCUGUUGCCUCUGUGUAUGAAACACACAGCUUUGACUCCACACUUUCCCUCUGUUGGAUUGGACGUUUAGUGCCUUUCCUUUCAAUAAGUGCUUAGCAUGCCUAAAGUUUCGCUGCAGCCAUUUUCUUGUUACAAAGGGGCAGAGUGGGAGGACAAUGAACAGUGCAGAGUAUCCUGGAGUGAUUCUAAUUGGCUGGUUCCUUCGCUCUCCCACUGUGCAACAAAUUAAUUACCCCCUCUCCCGGAGAUCAACGCGUACCCGGUCAACAAAGAAGAUUUUCCUACUCCGGAUGGCACCUUGAAUGAAAAAUGGCCCACAACAAUAACCCACAGCAAUAUUGUGUUAGCCACAGUGUGAAAUUGAUGAGCAUGUUUCCUUUCAUUGAGUGCUACAUUACAGUGUCUGGCUGCAGCGAAUCAUCCAUUAGUGAUUGUCACCGUUCAAUUUGAUUGUGCACCGCAGAACAUCCCAGGGCGGUUAGAGAGAAGCCUUGGUGUUAAUUCAGACUGAGAGCACAGGCGAGAAUAAGACUCUUGGGGCGUUGAUGGCUGUUUGAAUGAUGGAGAUUGGUGUAUGUGUGUGAGAGAUGCGGUUGUUGAAGUGGCAAGCAAAAUGCAAAGCAGAAGAUGGGCCUGUGUGAAGUUUCCGUCCUCCGUUCUGCCAGCUUGCGCGACAUUUUAAUGUGCAGCAGAUCUCCUCAUACCAGAAGAAAGAGGGGACGCAGUCUUAAUGCUCGUAGCUCUUCUUUACAAAGUCAUCCGUUUCUCAUCGUUGUCCACGGCCUUGUAAUUGUUCCCAUUAAAACAGAAACCAUCUGUACCAGACUAACUGAGCGAAAGAGGUAAAAUGGAGCCCAGUCUAAAUGUCAGAUGGGAAUCUUCAUGUGGCUGUUAUCACACCUCUCCCCAUUAAAGCUGACUUCAGAGACUCUGUGAGAUCAUUAAGAGCAGUAUGUUGAGGCUGAUACACUGCCUGUUACAAGGCACCAGUUAUCCAGAUAAGACUGGGGCAAGGUUUGCAAGAACACAGCUUCUUGAACUAUUUUUGUCAGGAUUAUGUCACGACAUCAUAGACAUAGUUUAAGCAAUGUAUUUGCACACAUACGCCUACCGAACACAUACUGCAGGAACAUGCGAAAUAGAAAAAUAAUAAUAAUAAAAAACAUAUAAAAAUACAUUUAUUUUCAACAGUUUUGUAAUGUUAAUUUGUUCACAGUAAGAAAUGUAACUUAAAACAUGCCAAUGUCCUUUUAAUUGACAAAAGGAUACAAUACUAGAUAUGUCAUGCAUAACUUUUGAGCAACUGCACAACUGAACCUUUAGACCAAACAUGUUUAAUAAUUUGUUUAAUGUGUCAAGGAAGAUUUAAAAUCACCAUAAACAUAUAUACAGUACACACAAACACACCCCAACAUAGUCUUUGUUCACAGCUAAUUGGGGCAUGCUGUUGUAGAUAAUAAAGUAAACAAAGUGAUCAUAGAGCUUGUAGAGCUGAAGCAGAUGGAAACACAAGACUGUUUAGUGACUUUACGCUACUGUAUCACUUUCUUUCUCCCCUCUAUGUACAAGGUAUCAACAAUCCCAAAUUUAAUAAGGACAGACUUCCAACAUCUGAGAAACAGUCUUUGAAAGCACCGUUAUUAUCUCACAGAGCAAAACCACAACUUGUUUCUGUCCUUUGAGCAUUCACAAGAAUCAGAUUUGGACAUUUGUACACAUCUUGAUGAUAUUUACAACAGAAAAUCUUCUGUUACUAGAAAGGUAGAAACACAUUUAUGCUCCAAAAUUUCACCAAGUGUAGUAAUCGUAGCUUUGAGGCAAGAUACAGUUAACACUUUACAUACUGGUGCAGUUGUGUGCAGUAUUGGAACAUACUAACCAAAAAAGGAAAUAAUAUUACCAACUCUUGUAUAUAUA